AUGGCUGACAGCGACGACGAGGCAAUCACCCUCUCGUCCCAUGCCCUCGCCGCGCUUCACGAGUUCUACAAUGAGCGCGACGCCCACGUCGACAAGUUUGAAAAGCUCAAGGUCGCCGCUGAGGAGCAGCACGAGACCGGCAAGAAGCAACAGGCCCAGCUGUCCAUGGACCUUUUCACCGAAGACUGGAACGAGAGCCAGUUCUGGUAUUCGGACGAGACGGCGACAGUGCUUGCGAAGCAGCUGCUCGACGGCGUGAGCGAGCACGAGGUCGUCGCCGUGGUGUCGGCGCCGAGCGUCUUCGUUGCGUUGAAGAACCUGCUGAAUGAGGCGGAUGAGGCGUCCCCGAGACCGAAAAAGGUCUACCUCCUCGAGCACGAUCAUCGAUUCGCUGUAUUCCCCGAGUUCGUCUUCUACGACUUCAACCAUCCCACCAAGCUCCCGGUAGAGCUGAAAGGAGGCGUAGACCGCGUCAUCUGCGAUCCGCCCUUCCUUAGCGAGGAUUGCCAGACCAAAACCGCCCUCACGGUGCGCUGGAUGUCCCGACCGGCCCCUGGCCCGCACCCUCGCCUCAUCGUCUGCACGGGCGAGCGCAUGGAGUCCCUCAUCACGCAGAAGCUCUACCGGUCGUCCGGGGCGCUCACGACCACGUACGAGCCUCGUCACGCGCGCGGGCUCGGCAACGAGUUCUACUGCUACGCCAACUUCGAGUGCGACGAGUGGCGGUUCAGGAGCAGCGGCGGCGGGGAGGGGGAGAACAAGGAAGGGAAGCCCGAUUAGGAAGUGGCCGGAUAGCACCGAUAGUAGAUGUCUGCCAUAGUAGGUAGGUAUUUCCAGUGAAGAUCCUCGGUCCAUAUAACGACUACGGUAAUGAUCGUGACGAUUGUGGUGAACUUCGACGCAAUGGAGCCGACUUACGAGACUUCGAUUCGAUUCUCAGGUCGGUAGAGGCUGGCUAGGAGAGGAGCCCCCCGCUCCCCCAGUCACGCGGGGGGGUCUUGUAGAAGCCGAAGAUGGCGAACGCGUCUAGGUCCUGCGGGCAACGUAUAGGCAUAAUACGCACGCUCCAUAGAUGCCACGAUCUACCGACUGUACAGAUGCCUACCUGCCGCAUCGAUAUUCCGUUGUCAGAGAUCAUACUCAACUUUUCUUGGCACCGGGUCCCGUGGAUGUGUGUAGAUCGGGUGUGCGCCGCAACGAUGCUCUUAGGUAAAGAAUUCCGACGGGCGUCCAAUCUCCU